AUGUCAAGGCUUAACAAUAGUCAAUAUGGGUUCAUGACUACCACCGAUGACGUAAAUAGUCACAGGGAUGGAGCUACCGUCAAACCAAUUGAAAGGGAAGUUGUUAUGGCAAUUAAUAUUCUGAAGUUUGACAAAAUGGAUAUUGGAAUUGCAAUUUUGGAUUUUAAAAUUUCUGAAUUAUUUUUAGUCAGCUUUAGUGAUUCACCAUCGUUUGUUAGAUCCGUUAAUCAACUCGAUAUCUAUCAACCAACUACUGUAAUAAUCCCAGAUUUAGCACAAUUUGAAAAGUUGAAGUAUGUACUACUUUCCAAUCUCAAUGAAGAUGUCAAUCAAAAAUUGGGGAAAGUGAAAAUAUUUGACUCGGUAUCUGGUGCUGAACUUUUGAAGCAACAUCUGUUGAAUGAUGUUAAAACUAAUGAUUUGAUGACUGGGGCUGCUGGAGCACUUAUUGCCACAUGUAUGGAAUCGAGAUUAAUGAAAUCAACAUCAAAAUACAAAACCACAAUUGUUGCAAGUGGUAAAUUUGUUUUGAUUGAUUCAUCUACCAUUAAAGAUUUGGAGUUAGUUUCAAGUUCAAAUGAUAAAGGCCUUAGCUUCUUCAGCUUUUUAAAUAGAUGCACUACAAAAAUGGGUCAAAGAUUGUUAAGAACUUCCAUUUUACAACCUUUGACUGAUAUAGAAAGUAUAAAACUUAGAUUGGAAUCGGUUAAUGAAUUGACUUCUCAGGAAAACAUUUUGAUUACAAUCAAGACUAAAUUGAAACAAUUGCUGGAUUUGGAUACAUUAUUUUCCUACUUGUUGGACGAUUCUGGGAUUCCUGAACAAAGAAUAAACAACAUUAUUUUGUUAAAAACCAAUUUGCUAUUAGUGCUUGAGUUGAAGGACUGUCUUAAUGUUACUUCUCCCAUUUUACAACAAAUUAAAGAAAUUUUCCAACAUCAGAACAUCGAAAAGUCUUUGAAUUUAAUUGAUAAAUAUAUAAAUGAGGAUUGUAGAGUCACCAAGAAUAACUAUGUUCAGAUUGCUCAUCAAAGAGCAAAUGCAAUCAAAUCAGGUCUCAACGGAUUAUUAGAUGUUUCAAGAAGUGUUAGAGAAAAAAUUCUUGAAGAAGUUAAUGAGUAUGUUCAAAAAUUAAUUGAACAAUAUGAAUUAAAUUUGGAUUAUAGAUAUGAUAAAUGUAAAAGAUUUUAUUUAAGAAUCAAGACAAAUGACACAUCUCCACCUAAAUUACCAGAAGAAUUUAUAAACAUAAUUCAUAAAAAACAUAUCAUAGAAUGUACAACCAUAGAUUUACUUAAACAAGGCUCAAGAUUGUAUGACAUAGAAUCUGAAAUAAAUGUAAUUAGUGGUAGUAUCAUUCAAGAACUAUACGAUCAAAGUCAAGAUAAUUUACCUAUCUUUUUCAUGAUUUCGGAAUCAAUCGCAAUACUUGAUUUGUUGUGCAGUUUUGCUAGCUUUAUCAAUGAACAAAAAGGAUCAUACACCUGCCCUGAAUUUGGGAACUAUACUCAUAUCCGUCAAUCUAGACAUCCAAUCCUUGAAACUUUGAAAAAUGUUGUGCCAAAUGAUUAUUCUUGUGUUCCCGAAAUUUCAAGAUUUCAAAUUAUAACUGGUGCUAAUAUGAGUGGAAAAUCUAUCUACAUCAAACAAAUUGCAUAUAUUUUAAUUAUGGCUCAAAUGGGUUUAUAUGUGCCAGCUGACUAUGCUAUUAUCAAAAUUCAGAAAAGUAUAUUUUCUCGUCUUUCAUCAGACGCUGAUAUUAAUGUUUCUACAUUUGCCAAUGAAAUGAAUGAUAUGAAUACAAUUUUGAAAAAUGCAGAUGAUUCCAGUUUAGUACUAAUCGAUGAAUUAGGUAGAGGCUCAAGUUUGAGAGAUGGGUUUGCAGUUUGUCUUGCAAUUUUAGAUCAUUUAACUACUUUAGGAGCAACCGUUUUCACUACUACACAUUUUCAUGAAAUUGCAGAAAUUUUGGGAAAUAAGUCUUGCGUUUUAUCAUCUAAUAUGAAAACUACUGAGCAAAAUGGAAAGUUUGAAUAUCAAUUUAAAUUAGAGAUUGGUAAAAUUGAAACUGAAAGAUAUGGAAUAAAGUAUGCUGAAUUAUCUCAAAUUUUACCGGAAGAAUUGAUUAAUUUUGCAAAAGAUUUAAUAGAACCUUUGAAGUCCAAGAUUACAAAAAGUGACUCGAAAUUAAUGUCCAAACGAAGAAAAUUAGUUCUUGAAUUAUAUUUUGCAUUAAGCCAAUUAAAGAAAUUGGAUUGUGACAACAACUACAAAAUAGAUCUACUUAGAACUUUACAAACUAGAUUUGUUGAAGAAAUUAAUGAAGCUACUGCUUAA